CCAUUAAAAUCUCUCUCAUCCCCCUCAUUUGAGACAAACGUUGGAUUUGAUAGAUCUAUUUGUAUCUUCCUUAGCCAAACUUCAUCUAUACUGCAAAAGCCAGAAGAAGCUGCCGCUAUCCAUUGCAGAGUGGAAAUCACAAAAGUCAGAGGGAGCUGCCGCUAUCCAUAGUAGAGGAAGAUAGGAUCAGUAGUCUACCCGAUCAUUUAUUGAUCCACAUCCUGUCAUUCCUAUCAAGCAAAACAUCAGUUCAAACAAGCAUUCUAUCUCCCAGGUGGCGCCACAUCUGGCACCAUGUCUCCGUUCUCAAUUUAUCGGACGAAGACUUUAUCAAAAUCAAUCACAACUUUAUCGAUUUCAAUUCCGAACAAUUCAAGGACUAUCUCUCCGAUCUCAGUUUAUCCAAAGACUAUUUUGAAUUCCACGACAACUUUAUCCAACUGAAUUCCAAACAAUUCAAGGACUAUUUCUCCGUUCUCAAAUUAUCCGAUGAAGAUUUUACCCAAUUCAAUCGCAACUUUAUCCAAUUCAAUUCCGAACGAUUCAAGCACUUCAGAAGAUUUUUCUAUUUUGUCAACAUCCUAAUCUAUGUCCUCAGGCCCAACCAAGUUCAGAAGAUGCGUCUCUCAUGUACUAAAUCUUUCACUGUGAACCCCAUGUGCUCAGCCUCAGUUAGCACAUGGAUCCACUACGCAAUGGGUCCCCUCAUCCAAGAACUCGACAUCACGCUCUACACUAUACACCAUUAUUACUUUUCCUUUCCCAAUAACCUUUCAGAAUGUUCUAAUCUUGUUUCUCUCAGUCUCAAAGGUGCAUUUUGUUUUGCACGGUCAUGGGCCAAGUCUUUUAGUUUACCAUCAUUAAAGAAGAUGGUACUUGACAUAUGUGGUAUUGAUGUGGAUUGCCUCAAUGCCUUCCUUGAAGGUUGUCCUUGUCUAGAAACUAUGGAUUUUUACUGGUAUGUUGAGGAUUAUGGUACAAUUUGUGUUCUGCCUCUUUGCCUACCAACUUCUUUGAAGACCUUGAAAAUUGUAGUCCUUAAACAUUUAAGGUUGAGAAGUUCAGCAACAAAGCGCUUACGUCGCGACGUCGCUCAGUUAUAUUUUCUAAAAUUUGACAAUUUACUUCAUCUGAAUCUCAAUCUUUUGCGGUUCAACUCCAAUUUUAUUAUGAGCCUAUUUCAAAUAUGUCAUUCACUUAAAGUUCUCAUAAUUCAAAGUGACGAGGAGGUUUGUAAUGACAAGGAGGAACAAUCAUCCUUAUCAAAAUGGGUUGCACAACCCAGUGUUCCUAGUUGUCUUGAAUCACAUCUGAACUUUAUUCAAUUCAAAGGAUAUCGAGGAUUUACAGAUGAAUUAUACUUUGCUGAAUAUAUUUUGCAAAAAGGAUGUGUUUUGAAAACAAUGAUUAUCAGUGAUAUUUCGACGGAUCUAAAGGAGAAGUUCGACACUCUCAAAAGAUUAUCUAAUGUCUCAAGGGCCUCUACAAUGUGCCAACUGAAAUAUCUCUCUAAGGAUUAACUGACUAUUUGAAGAAUUAACAUGCACUAUGAUGGAUCAGAGGAUCUAUCACUGGCGCGGGAUUAACUUUGUGGUGCUUCACCCCAAAUAAUAAUAAAACCUUAUACUUAUAUUUAUGAGUUUGAUCUUCUAGACAAUCUAGUUAAUAUAACACCUAAUGUACUUUUACAAAUAUUUUUUUAUCUAGAUUUGUUUAAUAAAUAUGCAUUUCUAAUUUAGUGUGGUUUUAAUUUUAAAGUAUUUUAAACAAUUUAAGAGUUUUGUUUUGGAAAAUUUCCUUUUCUUGCAAUGGUUAAUUAUAAAUUUUCACUAGAUUUAAUUGUGACGUAAAUUAAUUAAGGACAAAAUUUAGGUACAAUUCUUUAGGUGUAGUUCUUAUUAUUUUCCAAUGUAAAUAUGACAAAUAUACUUAAAUAUAAUUUAGUGAGUGAAAAUAGGAGAAAUUAACAUACGUGUAACAGGAAAUUAUACACUCGUCAUAACUUUAUUGAAAAAUAGUAAGAACCACACCUAAAGAA